UGAUUUAACCUUGGCUACUGAACGGAUCCGGCGACACACCACCGUGCAUUUUGGUUACAGCAUCCUAAGUCUGGCCAUGCAGGGGCUUGAUGUGACUCCGGUGGAGCUGUGGGAACUGCGGGAGCUUCAGAAGCUAAACUUGUCCAUGAACUCUCUGUGCUCUCUGCCCCCGUCGCUGGCCUCCCUGGAAAAUCUCGUCAUCCUCAACCUCUGUGGCAACAAUCUGACCAACCUGCCUCCUGAGAUUGGGCUUCUCAAAAAGCUGCGCGUGCUGUUCGCCUGCCGCAACCGGCUGACCGAGGUCCCGGAGGAGCUGGGCUACUGUGCCCACCUGGAGGUGCUCAGUCUGGCCAACAACAACAUCACCAGCCUCCCUGGGAGCAUGGCAGCGUUGGACAAUCUGACCAAACUCAACCUCAGCCACAACAGCGUCGCUCACAUCCCCGCCUGCGUCUACAGUAUGAGGAGUUUGGUCUUCCUCCACUUGGCCUGCAACCGUCUGGAGACAAUAGCAGAGCAGAUCCAGGACCUGGUGAACCUGAAGAUCCUCAUCGUGGAGGGAAACAGCAUCCACACCCUGCCCAAGACACUGUGUUUUCUGGAGUCUCUAGAACUCCUCAAUGUUGACUUCAACGACUUACAGAACGUCCCAGUAGAGAUGUAUCUGCUGAGUCGGCUGGGGAGGUUAGCCUGCCACCCGCUGGACAAAGGACUUCACAUCGUCCAUAAUCCCCUUCUCAAACCUAUUCAGGAGGUUCUGCAGGGGGGUCUCAGCGCCUUCUAUAACUACCUCAAACCUUCAUGAAGGACUACUGCAGUUUUCCUUGGCAUGUAGUACUGAUGGACUUUUUACCAAAUCUUUAGAGGGGAUCAUUUAUAACUGACAUAAAGAAUUGUGAUAUAUAAUAUUGAGAUCAAAUAAAGAACUAGUACCUGCUGUGUCAUGUCUACGUGUACCAUGGUCUACAGUUCGAGUCCCUCAGUGCACAAAAAUUCACAGGUCUACAUUUGGGAACUGAUUCCUGGUCAGCUGAUCUUGCUUGGCCCAAGGUAAUGAAUGACUUCUUCUGUGAAGCACCAAUAGCAUUGUGGCGUACAGGUCAUCAGGAUUAAGUGGGUAAGGUCAGUGGAAAGAACUGUGGCGGGGUUUAAGAUGUGCAAAGACAUAAAACAAAGCUCCACAGGGUUCAGAUUCAGUCUGGAGUUUCCAGGUUGGACCGCAGACAUUUAUCUGCACCUUGUCCUCUGACCUGGUUAGAUAUUGUAAAAGCAACACUUUAGAAUCAUUCGGGGGGAGGAAUAAUUCAUGCGACAUGACAUGAUGAUUUAUCACUUCCCGGGAUAAAGGAAAAGAUUUCCAAUAGUCCCCACAGAGGUUAGCGGUGUAGCAGUGGUGGUUGAAUCAAAGUGGAUCAGUUUGUCUGACUGUAACAAAGCUACACACAUGUUUUAUAAAUACUUCAGCAGCUGUGUAUGCAUAUGUAUGGAUAUGUACUGUAUAUGUAUAGCUUCAUACGGACACACAUGCGUUGCUAUUUUUGUUGCAAUUAGAAUUUACACUGAAUAUUUUGACAGUUUGAGAUAAAGAGGAAAAAAAUA